AAGCAAACAAGCAGCAAAAGAUCUUUUUCACAACGUAGACUACAUGUACUACGAUGUAGUAAAUGUAGUAUGCAGCCGCAUGCAACCGGUUAACCAUCAUAAUAGUCCGUAUUCUUUUUUACAGCCUGUAGAUAUCAAACUCCAGUACCGGUAUCCCUCACAUCAUAAAUUAGUUGCCAAGGUGAAGGAAGCAAUACUGUAGCACUACAAACUGAUCUUCUUUGCUAGUUUGCUGUGUACAGUCAGCAUCAGAGGGAUCAAGGCCACGAGCUACUACAGUGUAGUACCGGUAUAUACCGUAAUAGCCGAUCAUUAGAAUUCGGUAGCCGCCUUUGGAAGCAACCAUUUCUGAAGUUCUGCCUCGAUCCUGCUACCCCACUAACUCUUUCUUCCUUUCUACCCUCUGCAAGUCCACAAGAUAAGAGCAAGAUGAGGAGCUCCUUUUUCGAUUCCCUGCAAUGGAAUGGCGAUGAUAGCGACGAUAGCAGCACCAACUCCAAUCAUCAAACAGAAGAAGCACCAGAGGAGAAGGGCCAAUUUUUCUCGGUGGAAAGCAAUUCUGACCUUCCCGCCAUUGAGGUCUUGGGAACGGCUGACGAUAAAGAUGAUGAUGGUGCCAACUCGAAUACAUGUAAUCAUAAGCACUGUGCAAGUUCUCAGGAUGAUUCUUGUUUGGACGCCUUCAAGAGACGAAGCACAGGUAGCCAAAGCCUUCGUCGCAGUGUCAGUGACUCGAACGAGAAACCUCCUGCAAUACCUGCAACGGUUCAAACCAAGCGACAUUCGCAUUACAUCCAGCCAACGAACGUAAAGCAGCUCGAAAAGAAGAACGAAGUCGUCAAUACGGCGUCAGCAUCGGGCAGACGAUCGUCUGGAGCCACUAACAAUAAGAGCGAUUCCAGGCGACGCAACAAUCGUCGAAGAUCAAACAGACGCAGCAUGUCUCCUCUUCGCCGUGCAUGGAGCUUCAAGAGCAGCAAACAAUUCGAUCCUCCGCUCAGGCGUACCAGCAGUGGUGACAUCAUUCAGGCUGUCGUAGGACCCGCCAGGGCAGCUGGAAAAAUGGUGGUUCAGGGUGGUGUCAUUGCGGGAAAGGGCAUCUCCAAAGCAUCCCACGCCGCCGUCGAUACUGCUUUCGAGGCAGGACACAAAACCGCAAAUGCCGUCAAGGGAGCCGGGACAAUGACUGCUCAUGCCGUGGUCGAUGCGUCUUAUGCCGUCGCUGACGCGGGGGCCAUGGUCGGAAACACCGUAGUCCAUGGCGGGAAAGUCAUUGUGGAUGGGACCACUCAAGUCGUGGUGGGAGGCUCCAAAGCCAUUGUGGAUGGUGGAAAAGUGAUUGUGGACGGAACAGCUCAAGUCGUGGUGGGUGGCUCCAAGGCGAUUGUGGACGGUGGAAAAGUGAUUGUGGAUGGGACUACGCAAGCUGUCCUGGGGGGUUCCAAGGCGCUUGUUGGAGGAACUACUCAAGUCAUUGUGGGAACCACGAACGCUGUUGGGUACGGAGGAAAGGCCCUUGUGGAAGGAACUGCACAAGCUAUUGUGGGGACUACGAACGUUGUUGGUUAUGGAGGCAAGACAGUCUUCAACAGUACUAGAAGAGUCUACCGAAGCCUCAAGAAUGCCACUGGAUUGAAAUCUUCUGCUGAUGACAACAAGUCCAAAUGGGAAGAAGGCUUGGACGUGAUUGAUUCUCUAUUGGAUCCAACGGGUGAGGUGUAUCAAGUCAUGACGCCCCAACAACGCAAGCAGUUGGCGGGAGUCAAAAAGCUGCUCCUCAAUGCGCCCAGUGGCAAGAAUAACAAGGAUCAGCAUAUUCCUCUCGAAUUGAUCCGACUACACUCCGAACAUCAAAGGAUGGGUGCCAGUUUGGAGGAUCCAUCCUUGCGGUCGUCCGUCCAGUCUGCAUAUUCCUCCUCCUUGGGCUCAACUGGGCACCUCCGAACGGCUCCUCAAAGCAACUAUAUUCUCCAGGAAUUCGCGGGGAUUAGGGACACUUCCAGGAUUGUUCAAGAGUACGAGAACGAUUCGGGCGAAGAGGAAAGAGUCGACAUGGCCACGGCGUCUACCACGGAUAGUACAGCCUUUAGUGACCUUGACGGCUCUGUGGCCUCGACUACGCCUGAAUACGUGUACGGUUCGCUACCACCACCACCCCCAAAACUGCUCGAACCUUCGGAGAAAUACUACGUACCCCCCGAGUUCACUUGCUUGAGCCCUGCUGCACAGCUCCAAGUAUUUGACAUGCUCAAGUGGAAUUCCCUCGGUCGCUGGGAUUUUAAUGUUUUUGAAUUGAAUAGGGUGACCGAGGGCAAACCACUCUUGUUUCUUGGUUGGGCUAUCUUGGGAGCUCCGUAUUCACAGCACGCCAUGACCUUGGAAAUGGGAAGAGAGAGCGACCUGGAAAGCUUAGAGGGGUACAAAUUCACCGACGAAAUCCAGCUUCCACCAGAGAAACUCUGCAACUUCGUGCGCACCAUAGAAGAAGACUACACGGCAACCAAUCAAUACCAUAACGGUAUUCACGGUGCAGACGUUUUGCAAACGUUGCAUGCUCUAAUUCAAUCUGCCACGAACGAAGAAUUCAUCAGGGACUGUCCAAAGAUCAAUCUCUUGUCCAUCCUCCUGGCUGCGAUUUGUCAUGAUGUUUGCCAUCCUGGAACAACGAAUGCCUUUCAUGUUAAGUUGCAUAGCGAGCUCGCUGUCCUCUACAACGACACUUCUGUGCUAGAGAAUUGGCAUGUCGCGCAUUCCUUCUCUCGCAUACUGGGGAUUGAUCUUCUUGGACCUAAUGGAGUCCACACGGGACACGAGCUCGUCACGAAACACAACCUUCACCAGAAUACAACCUCGGAAAACAAUAUUCUGUGCAACGCCACCGGCGAGCAAUUUAAUGUCAUCCGCAAACUCAUGAUUGACGCAAUCUUGCAUACUGACAUGACGAAUCACUUUCAGAUGGUGAAUGAAGCCCGGGGUAUGCUCAUUGAGCAGCAAGAUGGUUCUCUCAAGAAGGAGGAACUCACCUGGCGCAUGCUCAUGUUCAUGCUGCACAUGGCCGAUAUUUCUGGCCAAGCCAAGGAGGAGCUCCUUUCCAAGCAAUGGACGCAGCGAUGCAUGGACGAAUUCUUUGCCCAAGGUGACGUGGAGAGAGACCUUGGGAUGCCGAUUUCUCCGAAUUGCGACCGCAACGUGGUCGGUAUUGCGGACUCUCAAGUUGGGUUCAUUCGCUUUGUGGUGGAACCAGCGUACGAAGUGUUGGGCGAUUACAUUCCGUUCGUAAGGGACGACGUGCUGCCCUUGGUGCAUGACAACCUUCUGAGAUAUCUCGAACAGCAGGAAAUGUUUCUUGAGGAGGAAUCGUUUGCCGACACCUCUCCAAUCACAGAGCAGAAAGAGCAACUGGAAGGCGACGUUUCUAGCAACGUGGUCCUUAAUGUUGCCUCUCCUGUACGCCAAGGUACACUAUGUACAGCCUCUGCUGGAUAGGCCCCCGAAACCGCCUGGUAUCGCUGAUUGCUGCACCUGAUACAACCAGUCGCAUUUCGCGUUUGCUUGCGUUUUCGAACAGACGCAACAAGAAGGGUCAUCGGGUAGAUGCACACCUGUCGUUCUCUCGUUGACGGUACAGGGGCGGAUUGAUUCGAUUCGCGAGGAGAAGGGUGUGAGAAUACAUGUACUAACAAUAAUGCACAAAACGUAAGAAUGGAAAUUCAUAUCACCUUUCGGGGGUACCAGGUACUACUGGUACCGUAGCUAAGUCACGGUCGCCGCUUGCCAGCCGCUGGUAGCCAG